UAUAAGAGGACCGAGAUGAGCUUGAAGGCACCACUCCUCUUCAGGACAACUCUAGCAGUUUCCUGUAUUGCCCUCUCUGCAUUCUUCUCAUCUCUGCAUCCAUCCAUCAUGUCGGUCUAUCUUCAUUCGUCAACCAGUUCAGUUCCCAGGACUGUGACCUCAAAGUCCAUUAUCACCAAGACUCGGGGUAGUUCGAUGGCCUCUCCACAGAAAGCCUACAGCGUCUAUGGAGGUAGUCUGGGAGGAACCACACGCAUCUCUUCCUACAGAGUUGGUGGAGGAUAUGGUGGAGGAUACGGUUUUGGUGGAGGACACGGAGGAGGAUACGGUGCUGGAUUCUUGGUUGGAGGUGACAGUGAUUUGGUCCGGCUGAAUGAGAAGGCCACCAUGCAGAACCUGAACGACCGUCUGGCGUCCUAUCUGGAGAAGGUGCGCUCGCUGGAGGCUGCCAAUGCCACUUUGGAGAGGCAGAUCCGUGAGUACUAUGAGAAGAAGGGGCCGAUCGCACAGAGAGACUACAGCCACUACUGGAACACCAUCAAUGACCUGAAGGACAAGAUUAAAAACGCUACCAUCAACAAUGCCAGCAUCCUCCUGCAGUUCGACAACUCUAAACUGGCUGUCGAUGACUUCAGAAUAAAGUAUGAGCACGAAUUGGUAAUGCGUCAGACUGUGGAGGCUGACAUCGCUAACCUGCGCCGCUUGCUGGACCAGACGACCCUGACAAAGGCCGACCUGGAGAUGCAGAUCGAGAAUCUGCAGGAUGAGCUGGCGUUUAUGAAGAAGAACCACCAGGAGGACUUAGCUGCGCUGAGGUCACAGCUGACAGGCACAGUGAACGUAGAGGUGGAUGCUGCUCCUCAGCAAGACCUGAACAGAGUUCUGGAUGAGAUUCGUGCUCAUUACGAGAACAUCAUACAGAAACACCGCAGGGAACAGGAAGACUGGUUUAAAGACAAGACGACAGUGUUGCACAAAGAAGUGUCCAUCAGCACAGAGACCAUACAAACAACCAAGACACAGAUCACAGAUCUACGACGCACCUUACAGAGUCUGGAGAUCGAGCUACAGUCUCAACUCAGCAUGAAAGGGGCACUGGAGAACUCACUGGCAGACACAGAGGCUAGGUACAGCGCUAUGCUAGCAGGCUACCAGAACCAGAUUGACACGCUGGAGGCUGAGCUUAGUCAUAUGCGGGCUAGCAUUGAGCAGCAGGGACGUGAUUAUGCCUUAUUGUUGGACAUCAAGAGCCGCCUGGAGCAGGAGAUUGCCACCUACAGGAGCCUCCUGGAAAAUCAGGACAUCAAGACUCAAAUACCAGGUGGAACUGUCACCAUCAGCCAAGGUGGAACAACAACAACAACAAUCCACAAGACACAGCAUACCUUCUAAAUGCUAAAUGCACAUCACACUGCUUUAUGAGAAAACACACAGACAGUACAUUUGGUUCUGAAUGCAUACUGAGAACAAGUGUAACUGAAAGAUAAACAGAUCAUACUCUUAUUUGUGCGUGAUAAACCUGUCUCUGACAAUAAAGCUGCUUUUGUGAAUUAC